CUCAUUUUGGCCUCCGAAUGAAACACACCCUUCACGUCUUCCCUCGCCGAUCCCAACCCCCUCUUUCUCUCCUCUUGAUUUAUCUUCAAGUCAACACUACUGGUUGUCUCAUAUAAUCUCUCUCUCUCUCUCUCUCUCAUUCAUAAAAUUUUGAGAUUUGUUGGAGAAAGAAAGAUCGGAUAUGGCGCAGGACAGGUUUCUGAUAGAGGUGGAGCCGGCGAAGGCGGCGGAGGAAGGGAGGCCUUCGAUCGGGCCUGUUUAUCGCAGUUUAUUCGCCAAGGAUGGUUUUCCUCCCCCGAUCGGUGGAAUGGAUAGCUGUUGGGACAUUUUCCGCAUGUCUGUGGAGAAAUAUCCUCGUAAUCCAAUGCUUGGUCGUCGGGAGAUUGUGGAUGGGAAGCCUGGUAAAUACGUGUGGCUAACUUACAAAGAAGUAUAUGACAUAGUAAUAAAAGUUGGAAAUGCCAUCCGCAGCCUUGGUGUUGAGGAAGGAGGACGAUGUGGUAUCUAUGGUGGCAAUUGUGCAGAGUGGAUUAUGAGCAUGGAGGCAUGCAAUGCUCAUGGCCUUUAUUGUGUUCCUUUAUAUGAUACCCUAGGUGCUGGUGCUGUAGAAUUUAUUUUAUGCCAUGCAGAAGUUACUAUUGCUUUUGUGGAAGAGAAAAAGAUACCUGAGGUGCUGAAAACAUUUCCUAGUGCAACGAAAUACUUGAAAACAAUUGUGAGCUUUGGCAAGGUUAGUCCUGAACAAAAAGAAGAAGUUGAAAAGUUUGGUUUGGCUAUAUAUGCUUGGGAUGAAUUUUUGUUAUUGGGAGAUGAUAAACAGUAUGAUCCUCCAGUAAAAAAGAAAAGUGACAUUUGUACAAUAAUGUAUACUAGUGGCACUACUGGUGACCCAAAGGGCGUUCUGAUUUCCAAUAAUAGCAUUGUUACUCUUAUAGCUGGGGUGAGGUGCCUGCUAGGGAGCGUUCAUGAAUUGGAUUUCUUGCACAUCCAUUUGAAAAUUUUACAGUUGACUGAAAAGGAAGUAUAUCUUUCAUAUCUUCCUCUGGCACAUAUCUUUGAUCGAGUGAUUGAAGAGUGUUUUAUCAAUAUUGGCGGCUCAAUAGGAUUUUGGCGAGGGGAUGUCAAACUAUUGACUGAAGAUAUUGGUGAGCUGAAACCUACUAUUUUCUGUGCUGUUCCCCGAGUACUGGAUAGAAUUUAUGCAGGUUUGCAACAGAAGAUCUCAUCUGGGGGUCUCUUAAAAAAUACUAUGUUCAACUUCGCAGACUCAUACAAGCUACAUAACAUGAAGAAGGGGAGUAAACAUGUAGAUGCAGCUCCACUUUGUGACAAAAUUGUUUUCAAUAAGGUAAAGCAUGGGCUAGGCGGAAAUGUACAGCUUAUUUUAUCUGGAGCAGCACCUCUUGCUACCCAUGUAGAAGCUUUUCUACGAGUGGUGGCAUGUUGUCAUGUUCUGCAAGGAUAUGGUCUCACAGAAAGCUGUGCGGGAACAUUUGUCUCACUACCAAAUGAGCUGGGUAUGCUUGGUACUGUUGGUCCUCCAGUGCCUAAUGUGGAUGUGUGCCUAGAAUCUAUUCCUGAAAUGGGAUAUGAUGCCCUCUCAAGCACACCACGCGGAGAAAUAUGUAUAAGGGGCGAUACCUUGUUCUCAGGGUACUACAAACGUGAAGACCUCACCAAAGAGGUCCUGAUUGAUGGAUGGCUCCACACAGGGGAUGUUGGUGAGUGGCAGCCCAAUGGGAGCAUGAAAAUUAUUGACCGAAAGAAGAACAUUUUUAAGCUGUCACAAGGAGAAUACGUUGCAGUUGAAAACUUGGAGAAUGUUUAUGGUUCUGUUACUGGUAUUGACUCGAUAUGGGUAUAUGGGAACAGCUUUGAGUCUUUCCUUGUUGCUGUUGUAAACCCAAAUAAGCAAGUACUUGAACGUUGGGCUGAAGAAAAUGGUGUACCUGGGGAUUUCAAUUCCCUCUGUGAAAAUCCCAAGGCAAAACAAAACGUACUUGUAGAGCUCACACGGAUUGGAAAGGAAAAGAAGUUGAAAGGGUUUGAAUUUAUAAAAGCUGUUCAUCUUGACCCCGAGCCAUUCGACAUGGAGCGUGACCUUCUGACCCCAACAUUCAAGAAGAAGAGGCCUCAGUUGCUCAAAUACUACCAGAACAUUGUUGACAACAUGUACAAGGGUACAAAGUAAGCAAACUACGUGAAGAUGGUGUUUUCUAAAUUUUAACAGCCCUAAAAAAGGUUCUUCAUUCUUCGAUGCUAUUGCCAAUUUUGGCUUUUUGGCAUCCCACUCUUUCUUGAAACUGUAUAUAUUGUUGGUUACUUGUGUAACCUUGAUGAUUAGUGCUAUACAAAUCAACAAAACUUACAAACCGAUGUGGCACCAAUCAUGUUAAUUUAUUGGAUUCAGUUUCACUUUUCAAA